AUGUCAUUAAUGAUUCCUGAUGUUCAACCAUUGGAAUAUGGUAACUCCUUGGUGACAUGUGAUGCGACGAUAAGCCAUGUUAUAAAAGCAAUACUUAGUGACAUUCCAUCGGCCAAAGAGAUAACUGAGUGUAUAUCGUCCAAAUGUGAUAAAUCAGAAAGAAAUAUUAUGUAUCUAACAUACCAAAUGGGUAAGGAAGGCCGUCUGGAUGAAUUGCAAUCGUUUUUGGAUGAACGAAUUGAAACAGACUUCAUAAAUUGUGCACAAAUUGGCUGUGAUAAUAUGAAGUCUGUUAAAACCAUUAUUUCAAAAAUGAGUUUAUUUAUUGACGUCCUUUAUUGGGAAGAUGAAAAUGAUCAGUGUAGUAGUGAAGCAGCAAAUAUCUCUAUGGCACGUUUAUGUGAUAUUUCUCCUAUAAUCAUAUGUGACACAACCACAUACGAACUUCGUGGCGUGAUAGCAUUUCGUCAGGGAAAAUCAAAACUGAGGCAUUCAAUCGGUCAUCAUACAACAUACGCGAAGCGUGAUACAAAACACUGGGAGUUGUAUGAUGACCUUAAAACUAAACCUGUGCCAAUUAAGGACACAACGAUAGUGCCAUGUGAAUUUUUAUUAUAUACAAUUUAA